CGCUGUCACAUCUUUGAGACACAAACAUCAUUGGAAUUUGAAGAUUUAAACUCAUUCUCAAUGGCCACUGAGACAAGUAGAAGCUCAAGACGGGUUGGAACAAAUUCAUCAUCACAAGCACCAGAGGUUGAAGAAAUCGCACCUAAUUCAGGAUGGACAGAAGAUCAUUCAGGCCAUUUUCUUCUCGUAGAUCUUCCCGACUUCAAGAAGGAGGAGGUGAGUCUUCAAGUUGAUAGCUCCGGUGGCCACAUAAUUGUGAAAGGCGAAAGGUAUACAAAUGAACAGAAACGUGUUCACUUUGAGCUGAAAUUUGCAGUGCCAGCAGAUGGAGAGUUGGAGAAGAUAUCUGGAAACUUUGAUAGUGAAAUCCUUCACGUGCACGUUCCCAAGCGAGCUUCACAAGAGCACAGAGAAAGUGGCAUUGAGAAAGCUUCAAAUGCCCAUUUUGAAAGGGCAGAAGAAACUGAAACUGAGGAACACGAUGCUGUUAACGACGAUUAUGUUGCUCACAGAUAUGACACUCCACACCACGAGGACGGCGAGAAUGAAGAAAGAAGACAUAACAUAGAUGAUUAUUCUCAGAACAUAACAAGGAAGAGGGGGCAAAAACACAUAUCAAGAUCUGCAGUGGAGGUUCUGAUGAGAAACAAGGGAGUUGUUACAGCUGCUAUUGUCGCUUUUUCCUUUGGUUUGUAUGUUUCUCAUAAGUUCCAUUCAUGGAAUGAACCAUAAGUCAAGUUCCUAAACCCUAAUCUGUAUGCACAAGAAAGAAUAUGUGUUAUCAUGUUGAUAUAUUAUAUAAUCAAUAAUGCGUGUAUUUUAUACUUUUUAUAA